CUGGUAGCAAUAGAAGAUUUGGACUGCUCGUUGUGUUAUAGAUUGUUGUUGGAGCCCAUAACAACACCUUGUGGUCACGUGUUCUGCAAGGAAUGCCUCUAUAGGUCAUUGGAUCACAAUCCCUUCUGUCCACUCUGUAAGGAAGCUCUCUGCAAGUACAUGGUGCUGAGACCACAGGCCACCACGGAAUCAUUGAACUGGUUGAUGGAGAAACAGUUCGGCGAGGAAUUGGACGCCAGGAAGAGGAACCAUCUCUCUGAACUAGCUACUGCUGCAUGCAGAGGAGAAGACAUCCCAAUAUUCGUCUGCACGUUGGCCUACCCCGACCUCUCCUGCCCCCUGCAUGUCUUCGAACCCAGGUACCGCCUGAUGAUGAGGAGGUGUCUUGAGAGUGGCGCUAGGCAGUUCGGCAUGUGCGUCUGGCUGGAUAAACCUCACUACUCGCAGAUUGGAACCAUGCUUGAAAUACAGGAUCUCAGAUAUUUGUCGGACGGUAGGUCGGUGGUGACGACCUUAGGUCGACGCAGGUUCAAAGUUCAAAGUCGAGGUAAAAGAGAUGGCUAUGAUGUGGCUAAAGUUCAGUACAUCUCGGAUAAAUUCAUUCCCCAAGAAAAAGUUCAGGGUCAUCAGCUGCUUGAAACUUACGACAAAUGCCUCAAAUGGUUCAACGGCCUGGCUCCCGAGAAGAGGCAGGCCAUCAUCAACUGCUACGGAAACUUUCCUCAAUUCUCGAGGUGGUUGUGGUACAUGGUGGCCAUUCUUCCGUUGGAAACUUCUGUGAAGACCUCACUGCUAUCCAAUCCAUCGCUCGAGUGUCGCCUGGUCACUCUGCAGAAAGUUCUGAACGUUGUGAGCAGUCGCAACUGGAGGUGA